GUAAGAGAAGAGCAAUAGUUAUAAUAGAAUACAAUAAUACUUAAUAAUUCAAGUAAUAAAUUAAGAGGGCUAAUAUCUCUCUGGUCCUCAUAAUUUACAGAAAGAGAGCAGUGAUGUCAAAACUGACUGUUGAAUGUGAAGAGCUGCGAAACAAAACAGAGAUUCUGACGUUUAAAAAUAUCAAACUUAACGAUGAGAAAGAGGCGUACGAAGAAAUACUGUGCAGAGAGGAACUACAGAGGAUAAGCCGCUGCACCUUAUUGACACACGGAGACCAGAAGGAAGACAAGACAGGAGCUCAAGAGAAAAUGAAGCCUCAGAUGGUGGAACAUCAAUUGAACCAUCAAUGGCUUAAAGCUUCAGUAGACAGAAUUAAAAAAUCUAAGGAACCCGGGUCAAAUCUUCUGAGGUGGCUGCAGAAAUCUCUCAAACUUUUAAAAGAGGAUUCCUCUGAACGGUCAAAACACACCCUGCCAGAAUGGCUUAAAGCAUCUGCCACCAACCUCCCGGAGGAAUGUCCUAAGGCAGCCAGGGAGGGUGUGAAUGAUUGGCUAGAAGAAUCAAUUAAUCAUCUCCAGGAAAAAGGGCCAGAAACGUGCGAGUUAGAUGUGGAGGGAUGGUUUCAAGCAUCCAUUAUAGGAAUUCAACAUCUUCAAAAGUUCAGGUCAGAGUCACGUGGAAGCCGGAAAAAAAAGGGAUGGCUUGCAGAACCAAUAGAAAACCCGAAGAAGGGGACUUCCUGUGGUGACGUCACCAUGCUUAGGGUGGAGGGAAGGAAGUUCUCCUAACUCUAACUCCUUUGUUUGGGCUCUUUUUUGAGCACUGUUGAUCCUGAAGGGGUCAACAGAUUAAAGGGGAUACUCUGUAGAUGCUGGGGUGAUAAGGCAAAUCCCGCCACGGAUAGGAGAAACCCCCUAAACAGACAAGGAGAUAUCCUACAAAAGUUCAAGUCAGAGUCUCGUGGAAGCCAGGAAAAAAAGGGAUGGCUU